AUGACCUCUAAGGAUUUUACCUCCUUCUGCCUUACUUUUCCAGUUCUUUCUUUCUUUUGUUGGCCUAGGAAGACUCCAGAUGUGAUGGCUCCGGACGGCGGAUGGGGAUGGAUGGUGGUCCUGGCCGGGUUCAUCCAGACGGCGCUGGUUUUCGGGGUGAUCCGUUCUUUCGGGGUCUUCUUUGUGGAGUUUGUGGCCUAUUUCGGGGAAACCUCCAGCGCCGUCUCCUGGGUGGUUUCCGCCGGAGUGGCCACCCUACAGUUUGCAAGCCCAAUGGGGAGUGCGCUCAGUGCCCGCUUCGGGGGGCGUCCGGUGGUGAUGGCCGGGGGUUCGCUUGCCAGCCUGGGGUUACUGCUAGCCUCCUUCUCCACCAGCCUCACUCACCUGUAUCUGAGUGUUGGCCUGGUUGCAGGCCUGGGCUGGGCCUUGGUCUUCAGCCCAUCCAUUGCUGCCGUGUCGUGUUAUUUCAACAAACGUCGCUCGCUGGCCACCGGUUUGGCCGUCUCUGGCGCCGGCAUCUCCUCCUUGGCUUUUUCUCCCUUCUUCCAAUACCUGCUUGAUGUCUAUGGAUGGCGAGGAGCCCUCGUUUUGAUAUCUGGGAUGUCUCUUAACUUGGUGGCAUCUGGCGCUUUGCUCCGGCCUUUGGUUUCGGAAGGAGAACUAGACGUCCCGGAGAAACCCAGUGGUGCCAGCUGUUUGGAGACCCUGUCCUCCCUCUUCUCGCUGGGGCUCUUGCGCCAUGGUUCCUUCAUGCGCUACGUUCUGGUCUUUGUCCUGGUCGACGCUGGCUAUUUCGUGCCCUACGCCCACUUGGUGGCCCAUGCCAGGGAGAAGGGCUGCGACGAAUACCAGGCUGCUUUCGUCAUGUCCACUGCGGCCGUUUCGGACAUCUUCGGCCGGGUCUUGGCCGGCUGGCUGGCGGAUGCCAAAGUCUUUGCCCGCCUGGUGCACAGCCUCACGCUCUGGACGCUCCUGACAGGGCUCUCCCUCACCCUGCUCCCCUUGGGACACGGCUUUUCCUCCUUGGUGCCCCUUGGCCUCGGAUACGGAUUCUUCGCGGGAGCCCUGGUGCCGCUCCAGUUCACCACUUUGGUGGAAGUUGUAGGCACCGGAGACUUGCUCGGCGCCAUCGGACUCAUGCACAUGCUGGAAAGCGUUGGCGCUUUGCUGGGAGCCCCACUUUCAGGGUGGCUGAGGGACAUGACCGGGGACUACACCGCCUCUUUCGUGGCCUCCGGGGUCUUCCUCCUGGCCGGCGCCUUGGUCCUUUUGACCUUGCCAAACUUCUUCUCUCGUUCCAAGGUGUCCAGAACCAGAACCAAGAAACCCUCGGCAGCUUUGGACCCGGAGAUACUUGAAUUGACCCAACGGAAGAGAGACUUAUUCAAGGUUGAAGGAGACUAGUUAGCCAUUGGACACGAAAUGGGGAACGAAACAUCCUUUGGGCUCUCCCUCCAGGUGUUUUGGACUUCGACU